CGGGCCGGGCGGUUUUGCGGGCCGUUGCCUCCGUCGGCUGCGGCUGGCCUGGGGACGCGCGGGCGGCGAAGCGGCCAGGCCGGAGCUCAGUCAGAAGCGGGCGGUCGGUCGGUGCUGCGGUCACGGAAUUUCCUGAGCUGCUUUUAAUUACUUCAGGCGCUCUUCGCAACCUGUAGAGGAUUAUUUUCUGUCCGAAUUCACCCGCUCUGGUUGACUGUGCUCAAAUCAGGGAGCAGGAGCUUCGUGUAACAUAGAAUGACAGGCGGCGCUGUGUUUGUCACCCAGCGUUAUUUUCAGGUUUGAGUGACGACAGUGUUGCAAAUUCCGCAGGGGAGGGUACCGGUUAAUGGAAGGUUUGGUAGCGGUUAGUGAAACGUUAGGCGCUCUCUGACCCGUUCAUAACAAGUCAAACCGGCCCAAUGUUUGCUCAGCAACACACUGUGCAGCUUCCAUGAAAACCACACCGGCUGGAGAAGAUCACUGUCAAAGUUUAGAGGCUCAGUAACCACUAGGAGUGCCUAAAGACCCUCCAAGAACACCGUGUGAGACUAACUGUGCAGACUCCAGCGGCUGCUCUCUGUAUCACCUUGAGCCAACUACGCACGUUAAGCAGGAGUCAUUCCCCUGUGUAUCCAGUGGUGCAAUUAAGUAUUGUUUCCUUCUCAAUACUACAUUGGUGUUAGGAAGGAGUUUUAUUUUCGAUUUUGGGUGACAAUAACAUAAUGCUUACGUUGUUCUUUUCUGUAGCCAGAACUAGUUGGACUUUAUCUCUUGCACCCUUCCAGAACCUCAGAGCUGGCCACUCUCUGUAUUCUGAGGACAACAUUGGGAUCUACUUUUUUUGCCCAGUGUAAUAGACUUUAAUUGAAAUCUUGUGUACACUUGGACUGAUGUAUUCUUAAUUUUCAUGAACUUGUGCAUUAAUUCCAGCUUAAACUUCCAGCAGCACUUGAAGUCUAGUGAAACACGGUGAUGGCAGCUCGGAUGACUGAUGCUCAUCGGCGGUUCUUGCAGGUUCUGAUGUCUAAUGGGAUAACAGAAGGAUCAGAGGCCAGGAAAUUACACCAGCGCUGCUGUGAAACGGACAAAGUUUACUAUGCACAUGAUAAACUGGACGACUUCAUCAACACUAUUAAUAGCCACCUGCAGCCUUUGUUUAUGCAGAUCCGGAAAGGAAUAUCAGAAGAUGAUGGGAGAGCACAUUAUGCUGUAGUGAAUUUGGCGGAAACUGAAGUAACUAAAAUGGCAUCUGACUAUACAGAAAUUGAAUUAGAAUUGUUCAGAAAAACAAUGGACCUAAUAAUUUUAUCAGAAAAUGGCUUUGCCUCAUCUACAGAUAUUUUAAACUUGGCUGACCAACUUAAGACAAAGAAAAUGAAGAAAAAGGAAGCAGAACAAGUGCUGAAAGUUUUUGUGGAGGAUAAGUGGCUCUCUGAGAAAAAUGGAGAAUAUACUCUGCAUACCCGUUGCAUAAUUGAGAUGGAACAGUACAUUCUCAGCAACUACCAGGAUGUGGCAAGGAAAUGUAACAUCUGUCACAGCCUCACCAUCCAGAGCCAAGUAUGUGAAUCCUGUGGAAUUGGAAUGCACUUACCUUGUGUCAGAAAGUACUUUAGAGGCCAGACUGAGCCCCGCUGUCCCAAGUGUAAUGAAUUCUGGUGUUGUGACACCCCAGUUUUCUUUACAGGUGUGAGUUGGAUGGGCUCCCAGACUCACCACAGAGCUCCACUCUUGGCCCUAGAUGAUGCCAGUAAAACUUGUCAGUGACAUCUAUUUGCCCCCACUCUGGUAGAACAGCCAGACUGUAUUGUAUUAAUUACUAAAAGUGCUCAGUGCACUCAUUUUCUGAAGUUCUAAGAAUCUUAUAAUAAAACUAUCAUUUAUGUUCCUGUUCCCAGUAAUACCUGCACAGCUUUCUUGGAGGCUGUUUUGUGUUUGUAAUUCUCCAUAUUCUUGGGGUGGGACUCUCAGUGCAUGUUUGGGGAUGAAAGAUGCAAAUGUUUUAGUUGGUCCUGCAGGCUGUUAUGUGCAGCUGAACUCUUAAAGGAAGCCUUUCUCAGCAAGUGCUCCCUGUUUGUAUAAGGACAGUACAAAUUCUGUUGCACAAUGGAAAUGACACCUGCUGUAGCAUCUCAAGCAGGUGAAAAAUAUGUGCAAGACAGCUGUCUGAGUCUCUGACCUAUGGCUGGAGCUGGAACAGUUCUAGCUGGCACUGUGGUUGUGUUUUGUCCCUUCUUUAGAUGCAGAAGAAUUUGUCUUGACAUAAGGCCAGGUCACAAGCAGCUGUGCUCUGUAAGGAGGGGAUAUUGCUACAGAAGGAUUGGGAAGCAGUAGGACUGGACUUGGGGCAAUGCUAACUUAUGUCUGCAAAGUGCUGAAAAAAUUACCAUAUUGAGAUUCCUUAGGUUUUUAGUCCUUGCACUUCUGUCUCCAGUUUUAAGUAAGAAUGUUUUUUCCAUUAAGAGGGACUUGGAAAGGAACCAAGGACUGGCUAUUGCCAGACACCAGAGUGAAAUGGCAGCAUUCUUGUCCUUGGUAGAGAUGUGUGAUACUGCAGAAGAGCUGUGGCAGCAGUUCAGGUGAUGGUUAAUCAAAGUAUAAUUAAACUUCAGGUUAUCUAACUGCAAUUAAACUAUGGAUUAACUUCACUUAUGUUCUAGGCUUUAACAUGAUGUUGUGGUUUAGGAAUGGUACUCCCCAAAUUAGUGUUCCCACCAAAAUGCUCCAAACCACAAGAUGCUUGCUCGCUCCCUCCUCCCUCUGCCUUUCCCCUCAUAGACUGGAGAAGUGGGAGGCCCAAAAUAUAAAGAUCAUGAGUUGCAAUAAGAACGAUUUACUGGAAACAGCAAUGGAACAAGAAAAUGAGCAGUAAUAGCAACAGUAUCAAUAACUAAGUGUACAAGAGAGACAAAAGAUUAAUGCAAAAAGAUUGAUACAGAGAUUCAAUCACUAAGACACCAAGGAGCCCCUUCCUGUCGUCUGGGUCCCCCCUGCCCCCCGCUGGCAGCAGUGGCAGGCUAAGUUGGUACAGAAUAACCUCUGGGUCUGGGCCAUGCCCUUCCUGGCUACUGCAAAAAUUAACCCUAUCCUGCCCAGAACCAGGACAUGAGUAACUUUUUCCAUGCAGGAGAUUAGUGCCUUGCUUGGUGUUACCUUAAUUUUUUAAUGGAUUGAACCUUUAGGUAGAACCAUCUCUCUAGCUAACUCCAGGGUUUAAUGUCAGUAAAUCCAAGUAGAAAAUAACACUGACCUGGUUUUUCAGACAGAGGCUCAGGCAGUGCCCUGGCAGUGCCUGUACACAGGCUGUUUCUGUUCCUGCACACACAGGACAAAAACUUUGUCACAGACUGGGCUCUUUAGGAGUUAUUGGAAACAUUAACAAAAAUGAAGUGGCUACAGCAUCAUCUUUCCACUUACCCAUUGAGACUACCUCUCCAUGCUUUAGCAAAAGUUCAUUGGUUUUUGGUUUUGCUCCCCCUCUAACCUCUCUUGAGAGAUGCUACUUCCCUGAUUUUUAAUUUCAGCGCU